UUUUUACCUCAGUAGAGGUGCGGGGCCACGCCUUCCCGCGCCAACCUCCAGGCAACAACGGGCUUCCCGUCCCUCUUGCGAAUUGCAGCCGGGUAAACGUCGCUUACUGUGUGCUUCAGGAACAUGGUGCCAAAACCCAACAUCUGCGACGAUUUUUUAUUCUCAAGCAUCUCAUCCCAUCACUUCCGAUUUGCACACUCCACAAGGAGAAUAAGCCAUCUGCGUCCCGUAUUCUCAAUCACGGCUGGCAAUUGGGACUCCCGCCAUGGCCGAGUCUCGCUUUGAGUCGGAGCAGUACAUGUCCGAGGCAUUCGUCGAGAGUGCAGGCGCAGUUCUGUUCCGUCUCUCUUCCCGGGAGGUCUGCGUGCUUCACAUCCUGAAGCGUGGCGAGUAUGUGCUGGCCAAGGGACGGCGAAAUUGCGGAGAGCCUCGCCACCUGACCGCCCUGCGCGAGGUCACCGAAGAGACCGGCUUUGCCUGCCGGCUCCUUCCCGUGAACAUGCACACUCGAGCCCCGCCGGCGGUGGAACCCGAGCAGUUAGACGACCGGGCACGUUUUUACACCGGUAUUUGCGAGCCUUUCACCUUGCAAAUCCGCCGCCUUGGUGAAGGUCAAAUCAAGCUCAUUUGGUGGUUUGUCGCUGCUGUGGACGAGGAAACGCCACCCAAGGAAUCGCCCGAGAAGGACAGAUACGCGGUGGAAUUCCUCAGCUACACGGAAGUUCUGGACAAGUUGACGUUCCAGAUGGAUCGCGAGAUGGUCAAGAAAGCCAUUGAACUGGUGGAGAACACAUACCCGGGGUGAAACGGAUGUGGUGGAACGCUCUCGCUGGUCACGCUUGAUCAUGGAUUCCUUCCAACGCAUCGGAAUGCAGUGGGUAAAGGCGGGCCUGGCCCCAAGCACGUGGGCGUCGUC